AUGAUCGGUCACCAGUUUGCACCGUCGGUGGCUCCCGUGCGCCCGGUCAAGGAGGUACAAUUUGGGAUUCUGAGUCCGGAGGAGAUUCGUGCAUUCUCUGUUUGCAAAGUCGAGUUUCCAGAAGUGAAAGAUGAUGCCACAGGGAAGUACAGAGUCGGAGGUCUGUCAGAUCCAAGGCUAGGCACCAUCGACAGGAACUAUAAGUGUCAGACAUGCGGUGAAGGCAUGGCAGAGUGUCCGGGGCACUUCGGACACAUUGACUUGGCUCGCCCUGUCUUCCACGUUGGUUUCUUGGGAAAGGUAAAAAAGCUUUUGGAAUGUGUUUGCGUUCAUUGCGGCAAGCUCAAGGCUGAUCCUAUUUCCGACCCUGUAUUUAAGAGUUUGUUACAAUCAACUCGUGUUAAUCGUAAGAGGCGAUUUCAGCGAGUUUGGGAGUACUGCUCAAAAAUCAGCAUAUGUGAAGCAGAUGAAGGAAAAGACGAGGAUGAGUUCGGGGAGGUGACGCAGCCCAAAAUCGGGCAUGGAGGAUGCGGUCGCCAACAGCCAGCCAUCCGGAAAGAAGCACUGAAGCUCUUUACGGCAUGGCGUCAGAGUAAAGACGAAGAUGGCGAUGAAAUUGGUCGCAUCGCUCAAACAGAAAAGCGUCCCCUUCCUGCAUCGGAGGUGCACACGAUUUUAAAGAAGGUAUCCCCCGAAGAUGUUGUAACACUCGGUCUAUCCGAAGAUUUUGCCCAGCCAGAUUGGAUGGUUCUCACAGUGCUUCCUGUGCCACCACCUCAAGUACGUCCAGGUGUGACGGAAUUUGGUAGUGGUUUGGGACAGGAUGAUUUGACUUACAAAUUGGCUGACAUUAUCAAGGCGAGUGCUAAUCUUCGCCGAAUGGAACAGGAGGGUGCGCCUGCUCACAUAUUAAAUGAUUUUGCCGAUCUGUUACAAUAUCACUCGGCAACGUACAUGGAUAAUGACAUUGCGGGUCUACCACAGUCGUUGCAAUCUUCUGGUCGACCUGUGAAAGCACUUCGUGCGCGCUUGAAAGGAAAAGAGGGUCGUUUGCGUGGUAACUUGAUGGGUAAGCGUGUUGACUUUUCGGCCCGAACAGUUAUUACGGGUGAUCCUAACAUUGAACUUGAUCAAGUUGGUGUCCCCAAGAGCAUUGCUCGUAACCUUACAUAUCCAGAGCGUGUAACGCCAUACAAUCGUGCUUACCUCUCUGAACUGGUAAGGAACGGUCCAAAUGAAUACCCCGGUGCUCGCUAUGUCAUUCGUGACACUGGCGAGCGUAUUGACUUAAAGUACAACCGUCGCGGUGAUAUUGCUUUGCAAGCUGGAUGGAUUGUUGAGCGCCACCUCAAAGACGGUGACUAUGUGCUGUUUAAUCGACAGCCUAGUCUGCACAAAAUGAGUAUGAUGGCUCACCGUGUGAAGCUUAUGGAUUACUCAACUUUCCGUCUAAAUCUCAGUGUCACACCACCUUACAAUGCUGACUUUGAUGGUGAUGAAAUGAACUUGCACGUGCCACAGAGUGAAGAAGCCCGGGCAGAGCUGGCGCAGAUUGCAUGGGUCCCUCGUCAGAUUGUCUCACCUCAAGCUAACAAGCCAGUGAUGGGUAUUGUGCAAGACACUCUCUGUGGCAUUCGAAAGUUUACUGUUCGUGACUGUCUUAUGGAUUAUGACCAAGUCCAAAAUAUCCUUAUGUGGUUGCCUGAUUGGGACGGAAUUGUACCACAGCCAUGUAUUUUAAAACCGAAGCCAUUUUGGUCUGGAAAGCAGCUGCUGUCACUGUGUAUUCCUAAAGGUAUUAAUGUCUUCUUGGGUGAUGCUAAGGCUGCGAAUAACAACUUUUUAAAAGAUGAUGGUGUACACAUUGAAAAUGGUGAAAUUAUGUACGGUGUGAUUAACAAAAAAGUCGUUGGAUCCUCGGCUGGUGGUCUUAUUCAUAUUAUUUUCCGUGAGCGAGGACCAGUCGUGUGUCGUGACUUCUUUGGUGGUGUUCAGCGUGUUGUCAAUUAUUGGCUUCUGCACAAUGGUUUCUCUAUCGGCAUUGGUGACACAGUGGCUGAUAAAGCAACCACAGCAAACAUCAAUGAAACCAUUGCGAGGGCCAAAGCUGGUGUUAUGGAUCUUAUUCAGGCUGCCCGUCACGAUUGGCUCAAGGCGGACCCUGGUAUGACGUUGCGUGAGUCUUUCGAAGCUAAUGUUAAUCGGAUUCUCAACAAAGCUCGUGAUGAUGUCGGCUCUCACGCUGAGCAAAACCUGCCAGACUGGAACAACGUCAAGCAGAUGGUAAUUGCUGGUUCCAAAGGUUCAUUUAUCAACAUCUCUCAGAUGUCCGCUUGUGUCGGCCAGCAAUCUGUCGAAGGUAAACGCAUUCCAUUCGGAUUCCGACACCGCAGUCUGCCACAUUUUACCAAAGAUGACUUCACACCUGAAAGUCGUGGCUUUGUCGAAAAUUCAUAUCUUCGUGGCUUGACGGCCCAUGAAUUUUUCUUCCACGCAAUGGCUGGUCGCGAGGGUCUUAUCGACACUGCUGUGAAGACCGCAGAAACAGGUUAUAUUCAGCGCCGACUCGUUAAGGCCCUGGAAGAUGUGACUAUCUGCUAUGACGGAACUGUACGGAACUCGACCAACAAUGUCAUUGAGUUCGCAUAUGGUGAAGACGGUAUUGAUGGUGCCAUGGUUGAGCGUCAGAAACUGAUAACUCACGGAUUGAAUGACAAAGAAUUCCGUCGCCGCUUCAAGGUGGAUCUUAGUCAUGGUGGAUUCAAAAAAGGUACCCUGCGUGCAGGUCUGGGUGACUGGUCUCCUGAGCUGGAACAAUUAUUGGAAGAAGAAUUUGAGCAAUUGGCAAAAGAUCGCAAGACUCUGCGCACUGAAAUUUUCCCAACAGACCGUGUGGAUACGUACUUACCUCUUAAUAUCGCCCGUCUCGUUCUAAAUGCUCAGCAGAUCUUCCACAUCGAUCCGCGUAGAUCCAGCGACUUGUCGCCGUUUGAAAUUGUGGAUGGGUUAAAGCGUGUGCUUGCUAAUCUUUUGGUUGUCCGUGGCGACGAUAGGAUUAGCCGAACGAUGCAAGAAAAUGCUACUCUGCUAUUUAAGAUCCACCUUCGAUCUUUCCUUUGUACUAAGCAGGUCAUUGAGGUCCAUCACCUAACACGCGAAGCAUGGGAAUGGAUUCUUGGCGAGAUCGAGGGACAGUUUGCGCGCAGUGUUGCACAACCUGGUGAAAUGUGCGGUACGCUUGCUGCUCAAAGCAUUGGUGAACCUGCAACACAGAUGACGCUUAAUACGUUCCACUAUGCUGGUGUGUCGAGUAAGAAUGUGACACUUGGUGUACCUCGAUUGAAAGAAAUCAUCAAUUGCGCUGAGAACAUCAAGACACCGUCGGUCACUGUAUACUUGCAUCCGAAGUAUAGCGCGUCAUCUGAAUCGGCCAAGAUUAUCCAGACAGCAUUGGCGUACACGACAUUGCAGACAGUUACGUCAGCAGUGGAAGUGUUCUAUGACCCUGAUCCGAGUUCAACAGUGAUCCCGGAGGAUCGCGACUUUGUUGACGCAUUCUUUGCUAUUCCUGAUGAAGAAGUAGAAGCUAGUCUGGAGCGUCAGUCUCCUUGGCUAUUGCGUCUUGUAUUGGAUCGUGCGCAGAUGCUGGACAAAAAUCUGACUAUGGCAGAGGUGGCCUCCAAGAUCGGUGCCAUGUUUGGCAAGGAUAUUUUUGUUACGCAUUCGGAAGACAACGCGGAAGAACUGGUGUUGCGUAUCCGUAUUGUCGACAAUGAUCCUGACAAAGAAGUACAAGGUGAAGAAGACGUGUUUUUGAAAAGUCUUGCGCAGCAAAUGCUGACGGACAUUGCUCUAAAGGGUGUACCUGGUAUUUCUAAGGUUUUCAUUGUCAAGCAAGACAAGUCGACGCGUCGGUUUGACCCGGAGACAGGUGAAUGGGAUACGCUGAAGGAGUAUGUGUUAGAAACAGAUGGUACGAACCUGAAGGAUGUUCUUGCGGUUGAUGGUGUGGAUGUUUCGCGGACCCUUUCAAACAACUGCGUUGAGGUUUUCCGUGUGUUUGGAAUUGAAGCAGCGCGUGGCUCACUGCUGAAAGAAAUUCGCAAUGUCAUUGAGUUUGAUGGUUCGUAUGUCAACUAUCGACACCUUGCUUUAUUGGUGGAUAUCAUGACGAGCCAAGGCACACUCAUGGCAAUCACUCGACAUGGUAUUAACCGUACUAAUCAGGGUGCAUUGAUGCGUUGCACAUUCGAAGAAACGGUUGAGAUUCUAAUGGAAGCUGCAUCUAUGGGUGAUAUGGAUGACUGUAAAGGAGUAGGCCAGAAUGUUCUUCUGGGUCAAAUGGCGCCUAUGGGAACUGGCUCAUUCGAGUUGAAUCUUGAUGUUGAUAUGCUAAAGGAUGUGGUUGUGAAUCGUGAUCAGUCUUACGCCAACCUUUGGGCAUCUAGAUUGGGUAUGGACAACGACGAUAUGGGCUCGCGAACUCCAGGUGGUAUGACGCCAUACGAUGCUGGUUCACCAAAUAUUGAUGAUGGAUUCAGCGUCCAACAACAGGCUAGCUUCUCGCCUUUGGUUCAAGUGGGUGGUGAUGAAGGUAGCUAUGGUGAUUAUCUUAGCAUGGGACAAAGUCCCAUGCGUACGCCACUCGGUGCACAAAGUCCGGGCUAUGGCUUAGCACCGACUUCGCCUGGGUAUGUGCCUACGAGUCCAGCAUACAAUGCAACAAGUCCUGCCUUGGGUGCGAUGAGCCCGUGGGUCGGAGCUGCGGGUGCGACCUCACCGGCUUACAGUCCAACAUCGCCGCAGAUUUUUGCUGGUGCGACUUCGCCUGCUUACAGUCCCGCAAGUCCAAGUUACUCGCCCUCGAGUCCGAUGAUUGGCGCUGGAAAUGUGCGAAGCACGUAUACGUCUCGUAUGUCACCUGCGAGUCCAAACUAUUCGCCGACAAGCCCGGUAUACUCACCCACUUCCCCGGCUUAUUCACCAACUUCUCCUCAGUACUCACCAACUUCACCAGCUGGAACAAGGGGUCGUCGUUCGGGUGCAAGUGGACCAAAGUACUCGCCUACUUCUCCUCAGUAUUCCCCGACGUCGCCGCAGUAUUCGCCUACGUCCCCUCAGUACUCUCCGACGUCGCCGCAAUACUCGCCCACUUCUCCUCAGUACUCCCCGACGUCUCCGCAGUACUCGCCCACUUCUCCGCAGUACUCUCCAACGUCGCCGCAAUAUUCGCCAACGUCGCCACAGUACUCUCCAACGUCGCCGCAGUACUCUCCAACGUCUCCGCAAUACUCGCCGACGUCGCCACAGUAUUCACCGACUUCACCGCAAUACUCACCAACUUCUCCACAAUACUCACCCUCUUCGCCGCAGUAUUCGCCCACUGGCAGUGGGGCUGCCGGUGCCGCUUCGCCUCGUCGCAGUCGUAUGACGAGCAAGCCUACGUGGCAACGUUGA